AUGAAUUCACCUAUAGAUUCUAUCGAUACUUUCACUUCAUCUACUAACGUUUUGGAUCCCGAAUCAGCGUGUAGAUUUACUUUAGUCACGCGAAAAGGUCAUCAUCUUCAUUUUCGUACUACUUCACAGGCUAGUAAAUAUGUUUGGCUACAUUUUGUAGCUAAUGCUAUUGCUGAUCAUGAUAUGUCUGGCCAUUUACGUCCAGCAGUGCAGCGACUACGCACGAAUAUCGAAGAUUUUUAUAAAGCCUAUGAGUAUUUCUAUACUGCACUUUGUGCUCGAGUUACGGCUGAUGAAAGGGGGGUACGAAUCAAUACGCCAAUGUCUCCAUCUGCAACCACAUCACAGACUUCUAGUGGAAUUGUGGAUGAAACAACAGACAGAUCAAGUCUCACACUAUCACUUCCAAGCAAAAAAUCAGCAUCAUCGUUUCUAUCAUUUACUCCAAAUCAAUCGCUUACAAAAACUAAUGUAGUAGCUCCAAUGGAUCAUGCACUUGUUCGAUUCUUUUCGCUUUUAAAGUCAGAUGUGAUUGUACGGAAUCCAAUCGCGUUGAUAUCCAUUUCAAUCGCGUUGAUAUCCAUUCAAUCGCCUUGA